ACGGAAAAUGUGGACGCUCCCUUGGCCUAGCCAUCUGUUCUUUGGUCCCACCCUUCUUUUCCAUAUGAAGAGGAGACAGCAGGGCGCCUGGAAACAGGUUUGAACAGCUCAGAGUAUUCACUGUCAUGCUCGGACAAUUGGGGCUGAAACACUGACUCCGCAGUCGCAUGUUUCCACAAGGAUUUUUUAUUCUGGAUGUAUUUUCUUUCAAUAGCCGCAUUGUGUUUUGGGGCAUCCACAGUAUCCAGUUUGUGCGCCGACAGAAGGGAGGCUGUCGUCUUUCAAAGUUUGGACCACAGAGUGAUUAUUUUUUGGUGAGGAGGAAAGAGAGGACUUAUCAAGGAGAGUGCAUAAGUAGCUAGCUAGCUGGCGAGCUAGCUGUCUGGAUAAAGACACUGCAAAGAAAGUAUGGCUGGGCGCUAUGAGUCUUUAGUAAAGCGCGCUCGGGUGAGUGGAAAUCUUUUCACCAUGUACGUGUUGUUAUUUGUUGGAAUUUUGGGAGGAGUUGAUGGACAGUAUGGAGACCGAGGACUGUCCGUUCCCGAGCACGGAUUUUGUCAGCCAAUUUCUAUCCCCCUAUGCACGGACAUAGCAUACAACGAGACCAUCAUGCCAAAUUUACUAGGGCAUACCAACCAAGAAGACGCGGGGCUGGAGGUGCACCAGUUCUACCCGCUCGUCAAAGUUCAGUGCUCCCCGGACCUCAAGUUCUUCCUCUGUUCCAUGUAUGCGCCCGUCUGCACAGUGCUGGACCAAGCGCUGCCGCCGUGUCGCUCCCUGUGCGAGCGGGCGAGGCAGGGCUGCGAGGCUCUGAUGAACAAAUUCGGCUUCCAGUGGCCGGAUACCCUCGCCUGCGAAAAAUUUCCUCUUCAUGGCGCGGAAGAGCUCUGCGUCGGACAAAACGCGUCCGCGGCACCCCCUAUCAAUCCAACGCCAGAGGUGACAAGACCUCCGAUCCGACACGAACAAUUCAAGUGUCCCACUUCUCUGAAAGUUCCCCCGUAUCUCAACUAUCGUUUCAUGGGAGAGGAGGACUGCGCCGCGCCGUGCGAGCCAAAAGUUGGCCACGGGAUUAUGUAUUUCAACGAAGAAGAACAAAGAUUCGCCAGAAUAUGGAUUGGAAUAUGGUCAGUGUUGUGUUGCGCGUCCACGCUGUUUACAGUCCUGACAUACCUCGUGGAUAUGAAACGAUUCAGUUACCCAGAGAGACCCAUCAUUUUCCUCUCCGGCUGCUACACCAUGGUAUCCAUCGCCUACAUUGCUGGAUUUUUACUGGAGGACAAGGUGGUGUGUAACGACAAAUUUGAGAAUGACAAAUUUAGGACUGUGGUGCAGGGUACCAAAAAAGAGGGCUGCACCAUCCUCUUCAUGAUGCUGUACUUCUUCAGCAUGGCCAGCUCAAUUUGGUGGGUGAUCCUGGCUCUCACGUGGUUCCUGGCGGCUGGCAUGAAGUGGGGGCACGAAGCCAUCGAGGCCAACUCGCAGUACUUCCACCUGGCAGCGUGGGCCGUGCCGGCCAUCAAGACCAUCACCAUCCUGGCGGUGGGGCAGGUGGACGGGGACGUGCUGAGCGGCGUGUGCUUCGUGGGCAUCAACAGCGUGGACGCCCUGCGAGGCUUCGUGCUGGCGCCGCUCUUCGUGUACCUGUUCAUUGGCACCUCCUUCCUGUUGGCCGGCUUCGUGUCGCUGUUCCGUAUCCGCACCAUCAUGAAGCACGACGGCACCAAGACGGAGAAGCUGGAGAAACUGAUGGUGCGGAUAGGCAUCUUCAGUGUCCUCUACACCGUGCCCGCCACCAUCGUCAUCGCCUGUUACUUCUACGAACAGGCCUUCCGGGAGCAGUGGGAGAAGACCUGGGUCAGCAAGACCUGCAAGACGUACGCGGUGCCGUGUCCAGCGUACCACCACUCGGACAUGAGUCCGGACUUCACGGUCUUCAUGAUCAAGUACCUAAUGACCCUUAUCGUGGGCAUCACCUCUGGGUUUUGGAUCUGGUCUGGCAAGACGCUUAACUCGUGGAGAAAGUUUUACACAAGACUGGCUAACAGCAAACAUGGUGAAACUACUGUGUGAUUUCAGUGGGGGGGGGGUUAAACAGUUGAAAAACGUUCUUUUCCCACUGGUAUUACACCUAUAAAUCUGAAGAAUUACGCUUAUGGAUUUCAACAACCCCGCGCCCUUUGAUAAAAUAUGUUUAUGUUGUAAAUAUGCACUUGUGAGAUUUUUUUUUGUAAGUAUAUAUUUGUAUUUAAAAAUGUACUUUCAGUCGGCUCAAAUAAUGCACGGGAUAUCAGACUGCAGGAGAUCAUUUUUUUUAUUGGACGAACAUGAGCUCUGAGGAUAUGUGCGCAACACAGACCUUACCGGGACAUGCCCGAGAGGCAAACACUAUUUGCCUUUCAUCACAAGAGGGGAUGUGAAUAUUUUCCAAGAAGAUUCACGAGUUUCUACUGAUUGAUUGACAUGCUUGUAUGAUGUCUAUGAACAUUGAUGUUGCCAUUUAAAGACGCAAAGAAUGAAACAGGAAAGGUAUUUCCCGUGACACUCCCACGAGGUCCGACAGUGAAAGUACUUUAUUGAGGCUGACUUUUUUGUUUGUUUCGUUUUAUUGUUGUUGUCCUUCACAUGGGGCUUUUGACGGCUCUUGCGUUUUCAUGUACAUCAACCCCACGCUGGUGCUCAUUUUACAGUUGUAAUACAAGGAUGCCUGCAACAUUUUUCUACGCCACUGUUUGGGCAGUCCAUGUUUUAACUACAGGAUGUGGG